CUUUCCUGCAGUUGGAGAAAAAAGAACAAAAACUAACCAUUGAUCAGCCAUCUAAAGGAACAAGGAAAAAUUAUUCUUUCACAAAUGAAGAAGUAAGACAGAUUGAUCGGGAAAACCAAAGGUUGCUAAAAGAACUGUCCAGGCAGUCUGCAAAGCCAAGAAGAAGUACCACAUUGAAGAAGUCAGCCCUACCGCCUCCUAAAUUGUACCACAGUGCACUCAACAGGCAAAAGGAGCAGCAAAGAAUUGAAAGAGAAAACCUAGCUUUCCUGAAAAGACUGGAAGCAGUGAAACCAACAGCUGGUAUGAGGCGUUCUGAACAAUUGAUGGACUAUCAGCGCCAGAUGAGUUAUCUAAGUUCUUCAUCGUCUGUAAGGAGAGGAAAAUCUGCUUUCAGCCAGCUUAGUCCUUUGAGAGGCACUUCAAGAGCAUCUACUCUACCAAGUACGAUGAGCCAGAGGAACGAAAAACCCACGUCUGAUUCAGCCAGUGGAGCAUUACAGAGACCUAAACCCACUAAUGUUCGUGCUGCUUGGUUAUAA